AUGCCCGAGGAAAAUGACCAAUCAUUUAACCCAGAUAGCUCUCUAGAAGCGACCUCGCACAGUCCGACCAAUGACAGCUAUGAAUAUAUGCAAAGUCCGACCAACAGCAGCUCUGAGUACGUGGAAAGUACUAACAACAGCAGCAAUGAGUACAUGGAAAGUCCUAACAACAGCAGCACUGAGUAUGUGGAAAGUCCUAACAUCAAUGGCUACGAAAACGCACAAGACGUUGCCAGUGAUAGCUACGAAUUCACACAAAGUGUUGCAAAUAAUAGCGUUGAAUAUGCUGCCGAAGAUAGCCACGACAAAGCUCAAACCGUUGCCAAUGAUAGCUACGAAUUCACUCAACGCAUUGCAAAUAAUAGCGUCCAGUUCGCACCAAAUGUUGGCAAAGACAGCUACGAAAACGCACAAAACGUUUCCAACAGUAGCUACAGUAUAACUGAUUCCAACCAAGUGAAUGAAAUGCCGAAUGAAACAAUGAAAACCGGACCUGAAGGGACUGAAAUGUCUCCAUUAACACCCGACGUCAUGCACAAAGGCUCGGCCGAGGGCAGCGCGAACGACGGUCGUAUGGACGUGACAGAGGAACCAAAGGAUGAUGGCGCAGGAGACCUAGAAACCAAACCUGUCGAUACAGCCCCUAGCCAUGAGACCUCUGGAACACCUGACUUCAUGGAGGAGGUCGACGAAAGCUCUGGCUCUGGAAAUUCAAAUGAUCGAGAAAAUGAUGAUGAGGAGAACAAAGCGAAAAAUGGAAAUAAAGACGAUAGGAAUAGGAAUAGGAAUAAAAGUGAUGAUAGUGCUAACGCCAGGAAAGAAACUAACGGAAGGAAAAUGACGCCCACAUCGGCAAGCCGGGGUGAAGAUAGCAGUGGAAAUUUCAAUAACAGAGAAGUCGAUGAUUUGUUUACAGACUACGACGAGGAUGAGUAUGAGGAUGAACAACCGGUGAAGAGGCAAAAUUUGGCCUGGGGUGCUCCAAGACAGCAAUAUGCGUAUUCCUCAAUGCCAUGUUGUCCAUCAAACAUGGUUUGUCCAGAUAAACCACCGUGUGUCCCUGACACUGGUGGUUAUAAGGGUUUCCAAGGUUACAUUAACUAUCCAGGGUACCCACCUAAUUACCAGUCCCAAGCUGUACCGAGCUUUCAGCCUCAAGUGGCUCCAACUUCGCCGCAUUACGCGAAUCCCGGACCUGCUGCCAAGAAUAGCAAGGCAAACCCAGUCAAGGCACGUCCUACAUCAGAAAAAGCUUCCACUAGAAAAGUCUCUUCUUGGGACCAACUGGGAUCUGACAGGAAUGCUUCACCACAAACGAAGGGUUUUAUUUCAGACGCAGAUGACUACCAUGAAUUCAACGGGACGGAACAGAGCUUUGCCGGGUACGAUUUUAAACAGAACGAAGACAAAUUCUACAACAGCACUGGAAAACAUGAUGACGAAAAUAAAGAGUUUUUAGAAAAAAAUGACUCGAAUCCGCUGACAACGCAGUUGAUAUUAGAGAACGAAAAUGACCAUGUUCGAGAGAAUAAUUCUAUUACACCAACUAAAGAGAACGAUAAGGAAAAUGUGAAACAACAGAAGUCCUCCGAAGAGCCAAAUUACAAGGAUGAAAUCGAGAAAGAAGCCGUGGAACAAGAGAAAGAAGCUGAUCGGAUGGCUGAAAAUGAAGAACAUAAAGACGACGAGGACGACGACGACGACGAUGAUGAUGAUGAUGACGACGACAACGAAGACGAAGACGAUGAAGAUGAUGAUGAACGAAAUAACAACGAUGAUGACCAUCAGGGACAACACGCACCUGAUAACAAAGGACAAAAGGAUGACAUAUACAAUCCUACAAAUCAAUCAUUUGCAGUCUCUCCAACAGUGCUUCCAGGAAUGUGUCCACCUUGUCCAAAGCCAACAAAAGCGCAAGCUUGUAGCGCCAAAAUAGAUCUGGCUUUCCUAAUCGAUGGUUCUUCAAGCGUUGAAAGAUACGGUGUCGGAAACUUCCGAAAACUAAUCGAAUUUGUCCGAGGACUGACGAUGGGAUUCGCCAUUUCCAAAAGAAAUACCCGAGUGUCCUUAACUGUGUAUGGAACAAGACCGAAGAUGAUAUUUAAUUUCCGAAGAUAUCAGAGUAACUCAUUGUUAUUCACGGCUCUCAACCGGCCAAUCUACUAUCCACGGACGGGAGCGAGAACAGGUCGGGCUCUCAGCUUUGCCAACAGAAGGCUUUUCACGAGAAGCCGACGUGUUCGAGCUCGUAAAGUACUGGUGGUUAUUACUGAUGGUGGCUCAAUCGAUGACGUACAUGGAAUCUCUAAGAGACUACGAGCCAACGGUAUCACAAUCUAUUCAGUAGGAGUGGGAAGGUACUUCAACGCAAAGGAAUUGGACUCGAUGGCAACUGAUCCUGACAAGACGCACGUUUUCACGUCGGAUUUUAAGCAGAUACAGUACAUCACAAACGAUCUUAAGAAAGCGAUCUGUUUGAGUGCGGGUGGUACUCUGUCAGUUUCAAAGCUUCAGCCAUGUGUUUGCGGACCAACUAAACCAGUAGGUCCUACAAAACCGGUACCUAAGACAACACCGAAAAGAGGCGGCCCAGGUAAACCUGGAAAACCAGGUGGUCCAGGUGGUCCUGGUGGUCCCGGGGGUCCUGGUGGGCCUGGAGGACCGGGUGGACCAGGCGGCCCAGGAGGUCCUGGAGGGCCCAAACCUGGUACAACCACAAAGCCAACGAAAAAUCCUCCAGGUAAACCAGGUGGACCUGGAGGACCUGGAGGACCCGGCGGACCCGGAGGACCUAGUGGCCCAGGUGGCCCUGGAGGUCCCGGAGGACCAGGUGGUCCUGGAGGUCCAGGUGGGCCCGGUGGACCUGGAGGACCAAAGACAACCCCAAGACCAGGGAAAACAACAAAGCCUCCAGGUAAGCCUGGAGGCCCUGGGGGACCUGGAGGUCCAGGAGGGCCUGGCGGCCCAGGAGGCCCAGGUGGUCCCGGUGGACCAGGCGGACCAACAACCAAGAAACCAGGAAAGUCUACAAGACCAACAAAACCAACAAAGAGACCUGGUAAACCUGGAGGACCCGGAGGACCUGGAGGCCCUGGAGGGCCUGGAGGUCCUGGAGGUCCAGGAGGUCCUGGAGGCCCUGGAGGUCCCGGAGGGCCUGGUGGAAAGACAACGCCCGUCCCAGGAAAAUCUACCAAACCUACUAAGCCAACAAAGAAGCCAGGGAAACCUGGAGGGCCUGGUGGACCUGGAGGUCCUGGAGGCCCAGGUGGACCAGGUGGGCCCGGAGGACCCGGAGGGCCAGGAGGACCCAAAACAAGCCGUCCGGGAACACCAACAAAGCCAACUAAACCAACAAAGAAACCAGGUACACCAGGAGGUCCGGGUGGCCCGAAAGGUCCUGGUGGUCCUGGAGGCCCUGGGGGACCUGGUGGCCCUGGAGGGCCUGGGGGUCCAGGAGGUCCUGGAGGACCUGGAGGGCCAGGUGGUCCAGGAGGACCAGGUGGACCUGGUGGUCCUACAACAGCAUCUCCAAGAGCACCAACCAAGAAGACGACACCAACUCCUUAUGCCCCAGGGAAACCCAAUGGCCCUGGAGGACCAGGGGGACCUGGGGGACCCGGAGGACCCGGUGGCCCAGGAGGACCUGGAGGACCUGGUGGACCAGGAGGGCCGGGAGGUCCGGGUGGCCCAGGUGGUCCCGGGGGACCUGGCGGUCCGUACGGUCCCACAACAAAGAAACCAGGAAAACCAGGAGGACCUGGUGGUCCUGGAGGUCCAGGAGGACCUGGAGGACCUACUACAAAGCCUCCUGGAAAACCAGGAGGCCCUGGAACCCCAGGCGGUCCAGGAGGCCCAGGAGGUCCGGGUGGGCCCGGUGGUCCUGGAGGUCCAAGUGGACCUGGAGGUCCAAAUGGUCCCAAGACUACAACUCCAAGGCCAGGUGUGCCGACGAAAAAGCCAACCACAAGGAAACCGGGCACUCCAGGCGGACCAGGAGGCCCUAAGGGGCCUGGUGGACCCGGUGGCCCAGGAGGACCAGGCGGACCUGGAGGCCCGGGGGGUCCUGGAGGCCCAGGUGGUCCAACAACUGCACGACCAGGUGUGCCUACCAAACCCACCAAACCAACAAAACGCCCAGGACGCCCAGGUGGACCAGGGGGUCCAGGAGGACCCGGAGGACCAGGAGGUCCUGGCGGACCUGGAGGACCUGGAGGACCCGGUGGACCUGGGGGUCCAGGAGGACCAACAACCGCCAGACCUGGGGUGCCAACAAAACCAACCAAACCAACACAACGCCCGGGUAAACCAGGUGGACCAGGAGGGCCGAGUGGACCCGGAGGACCUGGAGGGCCUGGGGGUCCUGGUGGACCAGGUGGACCUGGGGGACCUGGAGGUCCGGGAGGACCAACAACUACUAGACCUGGUGUACCAACUAAACCAACCAAACCAACAAAACGCCCAGGUACGCCAGGUGGACCAGGGGGGCCAAAAGGGCCAGGAGGACCUGGAGGUCCAGGAGGUCCUGGAGGACCAGGAGGACCAGGUGGGCCUGGAGGACCUGGAGGACCAGGAGGGCCAGGUGGACCUGGAGGGCCGCCAGCAGGACAGCCUACAACACCCGUCACAAAACCACCCGGUACUCCAGGAGGUCCAGGAGGUCCAGGAGGACCUGGUGGGCCUGGUGGACCUGGAGGACCUGGAGGACCAGGUGGACCAACAGGACCAACAAAGCCAACAAAGCCACCUGGCAAGCCUGGAGGACCUGGGGGACCAGGAGGGCCUGGAGGUCCAGGAGGUCCUGGAGGACCCACAACGAAACGUCCAGGAAAACCAGGGGGACCCGGGGGUCCAGGAGGCCCUGGAGGACCCGGUGGCCCUGGUGGGCCAGGAGGACCAACAACUAAACGACCAGGAACACCAGGUGGCCCUGGAGGGCCAGGCGGCCCCGGAGGACCAGGUGGUCCUGGCGGUCCAGGAGGUCCUGGAGGACCUGGAGGUCCCACUACAAAACGUCCAGGUUCCCCAGGAGGACCAGGAGGUCCUGGUGGGCCUACAACAAAACCGCCACCUGGGAAGCCUGGAGGUCCUGGGGGCCCAGGGGGACCAGGAGGUCCUGGAGGACCUGGAGGACCAGGAGGACCAGGAGGCCCAGGAGGACCAAAGACAAAGUCACCAAAACCAGGAGUACCUAAAACAACACCCACGACUAAACCACCAGGAAAACCAGGCGGUCCUGGAGGCCCAGGGGGCCCUGGUGGACCAGGAGGACCAGGAGGUCCUGGAGGCCCUGGGGGUCCUGGAGGUCCCGGGGGACCCGGAGGUCCAAAAACAACAAAACCAGUUCCUACGAAGAAACCAACGAAACGCCCGGGAUCUCCCGGUGGGCCAGGAGGGCCAGGAGGACCAGGAGGGCCCGGUGGACCUGGAGGACCUGGAGGACCAGGGGGCCCUGGUGGACCAAAGACGAAACCUCCUGGUACUAAAACCAAACCUACCAAGUAUGCACCAGGAAACCCUGGAGGUCCUGGUGGUCCUGGAGGACCUGGUGGACCCGGCGGGCCAGGAGGACCGGGUGGGCCUGGAGGGCCACCAGCGAAGACCACGCCAAAAACACCCAAGACAAAAGCUCCAGGUCAGAUCACAGAAUAUUGA